AUGGAACAGUUCCGGCACAUUGGAGAGACUCUUGGGAGUUUGAAAGCGCUUAUGGUAUUGCGAGAUGAAAUUCAAAUCAACCAACGGCAGUGCUGUUUGAUCCUUGAAAUGUUUAGCUUGGCGUUCGAGACGAUUGCAGAGGAGAUCAGGCAGAAUCUGAAGCUGGAAGAGAGAAGCAGCAAAUGGAAGCCUCUGGAGUUGCCUCUGAGAGAGCUUUGCAGGGUUUUCAAGGAAGCCGAGUUGUACAUCCGGCAAUGUUUGGAUUCAAAGGAGUGGUGGGGGAAAGCCAUCACCAUGUCUAACAAUUCUGACUGUGUUGAGUUCCAUAUCCACAAUCUCCUUUGCUGUUUCCCGGCCGUGAUCGAGGCCAUUGAGAAUGCAGGGGAGGCGUGUUGUCUUGAUCAGACCGAGAAGGAGAAAAAGAAGGUCAUGGUGUCAAGGAAAUAUGACAUGGAAUGGAAUGAUUCCAAGCUUUUCCAAUGGAGAUUUGGGAAGCAGUACUUGGUCUCUCGGGAUAUCAUCAGCCAAUUGGAGAAUGCGUGGAAGGAAGAUAGGUGGAGGCUCAUAGAAUCACUCAAGGAGAAGAAAACUACGUCCAAGAAGAACGAGCAGCGGCUCGCCGAGAUACUCUUGAAGAAGCUUGUAAAUGGAUCUGACAGCAAAAUGAAUCAGGAUCUUUGGCCAAUCCACGUUCUCGUGGGGGCCAAGGAUUACCAGGUGAGGCGAAGAUUGGGAAAGGGGAAGGAGUAUAAGGAAGUGAGUUGGCUUGGACAGAGUUUUGCAUUGAGGUACUUCAUUGGAGAGAAGCAAGCCUAUGAAGGUGAGAUUUCAAAAUUGUUAUGUCUUUCUCACCCCAACAUAUUGCAAUACCUUUGUGGAUUCUACGAUGAGGAGAAGAAAGAGUUUAAUCUUGUGAUGGAGUUGAUGAGCAAGGAUUUGUGGACCUACAUGAAGGAGAAUAGCGGUCCAAGGAGGCAGAUCUUGUUCUCAAUUCCAGUUGUGGUGGAUCUCAUGCUUCAAAUUGCAAGAGGCAUGGAGUAUCUCCACUCCAAGAAAAUCUACCAUGGAGAUCUUAACCCUUACAGUGUUCUACUCAAAGCAAGGAACUCCCAAGAAGGUUACUUCCAUGCAAAAGUCUCAGGAUUUGGCCUUCCUUCCCUGAGGAACCGCGAUCCGGCACAGAACCCCGAGGACCUGAACCCUAGCAUAUGGUAUGCUCCGGAAGUACUGCACGAGAUAGAAAAAGGAGGGAAGGUUUCUACCUGGUGCAAGUACUCGGAGAAAGCAGACGCAUACAGCUUUGGAAUGAUUUGCUUUGAGUUGCUGACAGGGAAAGUCCCUUUCGAAGAUAACCACCUUCAAGGGGAGAGAACCACACAGAACAUCAAAGCAGGGGAGAGGCCUCUCUUCCCUGGUCGCUCCCCAAAAUACCUUGUUAGCUUAAUCAAGAAGUGUUGGCAAACCGAUCCUUCACAGCGUCCUACUUUCUCUUCUAUUUGUAGGAUCUUGCGUUACACCAAGAAGUUCCUCUCCACCAGUACUGAGUACUAUAUCAUUAAUCCCGAACUUAACAACCUUGAGCUUCAAUCUCCACCUGUUGAUUGCUGCGAUAUAGAGACCACUUUCCUUAAGAAUCUACCGGAGGAGAUGGCGCCACAUGUUUCCGCUGUUUCUCAAAUUCCUUACCAGAUCUAUGCUUACAAGGUUGUGGAGAAAGGGAAGAUCAGCCUCUUGAAUUCAAGAGAUAAAGGCAGCGAGACAGAGUUGCCAAAGGAAGAUUCUCCUCAAGGAAGCGAUGAAUUCAGCUUCGCUUUUGAAGAUGAUCAAGUUUCCGCGGCUGAACCCUUUCAGUUUAUAACUUCUCCCAAGUCAGUUCAUGGCGGCGAAAAACCGUCUUUUUUCUCCGAAGCACCGGCGAAGAAGACUGUUAGAAUAAAGAGCCCAGUGCGAAAACUUGACAAGCUCAAGAAAGACCAAGGAGCGAAAUCAAUGCCGGCAUCUCGCGUUACUUUAAAGGCAAGUAAGGCAUAUCUGGCGUCACCGGCAGCUAGUCCAUUGCACCCUUCACUGAGAAAAAAACCAACACAAGUCUCAGAGACAGAGCGCAACACUCCUAACAACAACAAAGCUGUGACCACUACUCCUUCGACCCCAAUAAGGAGAAGAAAAUGCGAAGGGCAUCACGUGCCAGAAUUCAUGGGAAGCCCGAGGGUGAAACCAAGGGAUCAGUCGCCAUUAAUGGCUAACAAGCUGAAGAAGACACCGCUGACAAUGACCCCAGGAAGGAUAAUGGCACGUACAAGCGACGCGCAUUUGAUACUGCAGAAGAGGCUCUUGAUGGGUUCAAGCACAAGCAAAGGAGGAAGAUGGGACCAUGGAACUGAACACAGGACAUCGCUGUCAUCAUUGGCAUUGAGUCCUUUGAGUCCAUAUGUGAUGAGAAGAAGAAGAUCAACGGCGACAGCAGCAACAUCAUGUGGCCACGCCUCUGACUCGGAGAGCACUUGUUCUAAGCACAAAAGAGAGAGCAUAUCACCAUUCGCAAUGAGUCCUUUGAGCCCCUACGCUUCCAGAACAACAGCCUGCGGCCAUGUCUCCGAUUAAUUAAGAAACACCCGCCAAAAACCAUCAUUUGUUCUCCUGAUUUUUUUUGCCACCGGAAAAAGAGAUAACAAAAUCAAAAUCAAAACAAAAUCUAAUUUAAUUCAUUUGUGUGGACCCCAAGUAAGUCAAAGAAAAGAAAGAAGCA